UGAUACGCUGCCUGUCCGGUUUGGGGGCCUGGACUGGAAAACGUCUCCAUCCACGACUGCAAGGAAACACCAGCAGCUCUCACACUCUCCAUCACACACACACACACACACACAUAUCAGCCAGCUCCCACUGAAAGAUGACAGCAAAAAACCGACACAAGAACAACUCGAGCGACAAGACCCCCGCAUCCAUUCCCGAGGAUGCGUCGAAGAAAAGCCCGAAGAGCAGCGCCAGCAACGGGGUGAGUGGCCCCGCACCUCAGGGGCCACAGUCAGGGAGCUGCCUCGGGCUGUUUUUCACCACAGUGUUUUAUUUGGGGUUAUUAGGAGCUGCGGGGUUUGCUGCUUUUUAUCUACAACAGGUAGUGGAGGAGAUUCGUGAGACCAGCGCGAAACAUGAGGACAGUGCGCGACAGAACGCAGAGCUGAGCAGCAAAAUGGAGAGUGUGGUUCAACAGGUGGAGUCUCUCAGGAGCAUUGUGGAUGGGCUGGAAUCGUCACUGGGCAUCACACGGAUGGAGCUGGAGGGCGCUGUCACCCGGAUGAAGCGGGGCGAGUCGGAGACGAGGAAGGUCGACGAGGCCCUUCAGAAGCUCCAGAACAAUCUACUCAGGGACCUCUCCGACGGGAUCAGCGAGGUGAAGGAGGCCAGAGAGCGGGACUUCUCGUCUCUGGAGAAAACUGUAGAGGAACGUCUGGCCGAGGUGAGUCAGUCCAUCACGGCCAGCAUGGCCGAGUUUACCGAGGCUCAGGGCGCGGCGCAGAGCCAGCUGGCUGAUCUCAAGGCCCGUCUCGGUGACAUGGAGGACCCCGCGCUCAUAAAACAGGAGCUCUCUGCCAUUGUCAAUGCUGUAGCUGAACUCAGAACUGAAUCAGCGGAUUCUGACGCUGCAUCAGAUUCCCUCAGGCAGCAGAUUGGUGCAGUGAGGGAGGAGCUGCAAACUCGUAACAAGGAAGUCGCCUCCUUGUCUCAGGAAGUAGAAACAGUGAGGUCCGUGGCUCAGGAGCAUGUUGGGAGUCUGAGACUGUCACUGUCUGAAGCUGAGGUUGAAGUCCAGGCUCUCAAGGACAAAAGCGAGACCCUGGAGAGCAGCGUGGAGCAGGCUGCUGUCGCUGUCCGUAAUGUGGAGAAGCAGGCGAGUGAAGCAGCUGCUCAGGUCAAGAAAUCUUGGGACGACCUGGAAGCCAGAGUGAAAGCAGCAGAGGAGAGCGGAGAUUCACUUUCCACAUCCGUAUCAGACAUCAGCACAAGAGUGGAGUCACUAUUUGGCAAAUUCGAUACCCAUGAAAGCACACUGACUGCGCAAGGGCAGACCGUAGAGAAAGUCCAAACGGCUCUGGAGCAGGAGUUGGAGUCACUGAAGGGCCGAGUGGAGGAGGUCAAGUCCAGCAUGGACACCCAAACCCAGCUAACCCUGCAGGUGAGCGACGUGACGAAGAGGAUCGCCGCUCUGGAGGAUGGCGGCAAAGUCAAGCCAGAGCAGCUGCAGAGCUUGACAAGCAUGGUGGCUGGCUUGGAAGCUAAAGCUGCUAAGCUAGAAGGCCACGAUCAGGCUAUUGCCGCGCUACAGAAAUCUCUGCAACACACCACAAAGACGCUGGCAGGUUUAUCCAAAACCCAGGACAAGAAGGGGAAGUAGGGAUUUAAAGUUAGGGGUGUGACGUCAGGAAAACAAAAACAUGGACAAUCAUUUUUUUCCUAAAGGAUGCCAAUUAACCAUACUCACAUGGCGGCCAAUUUUUUCCCCAAUUGUAAGCUCAGAUGCUGUUAAAUUGUUGUACCACAGUGCCCUAAGUCAUAAAAAUCAAGUGAAUCCAUCAAGUCAUUUGGUAGAAAAGCUUACAUUUCUUGCUAAUGGUAAUUGUAGCAAGGAUGUGGCUCAAUGCUAACAUUAGGCUUUUUCUGAAUGUAGCUAAGAGGCUAUCAAAUGUAUCUUCAACAUGAAAAAACGGCCAAAAGCCCUUCGAGAUUUUCAUUGUUUGGUGUCUUUUUAGUCACUGGUCAACCUAAAAGCAGUGAAAUGAGUCAAAUCCUCACAACAUAAGGUGCCUUUAUUACACUAUUUAACCUUCCUACCCUGGGCUUGAGCAUUGGAAGAAAUGGCCGCAGUUUGAUACGGUGACUCGCUCACUUUUUGCCUUUUUUCAUGAAGAAUUUUGUCUCAGACUUGAUGGUUGAUGUUGCACAUUUUAGUAGCUAAAAACAACAACAAAAAAAAAGGUUCAGUCAGGAGAGCGAGUCAGAGCUGAACUGCUGAUCUGUGAAUUCAAAUCCAAACUCAUUCUGCACUGUAGUUUUUCUAUUUCUAAUGUUUCCGUUUUUUUGUUUUUUUUUCAUGUUACGUGCAAAUGCUGUUUAUUUACGACAAACCAGAUGCAAUAAUGAGCUCUUUUUGAGCACUCCUUUUUUAUUUACUACAUGUUUUUUGUUUUUUUUACAAGAAUAAAAAACUCUUGUUGACCCAGA